CUCGGACGCCGCCGCCGCCGCCUCUUCCUCCUCCCGCGGAGACCCACCCCAAGCGUGAUCCCGCGGCGCAAUGGCUUCCUCCGCCGGACCCGCCUCCGCCUCUUCCUCGGCAGCCGGUUCCGCCCCGGCCCUCCAGCGUGGCAUCGUCAAGAUGGUCCUUUCGGGCUGUGCCAUCAUUGUCCGGGGCCAGCCCCGUGGAGGUCCGCCUCCCGAGAGGCAGAUCAACCUCAGCAACAUCCGUGCUGGGAAUCUUGCACGCCGAGCAGCUGCAGGGCAGCCUGAUGGCAAGGACACCCCAGACGAGCCUUGGGCGUUUCCAGCACGUGAGUUCCUGAGGAAGAAGCUCAUUGGCAAGGACGUUUGCUUCUCGGUGGAGUACAAGACAUCUCCCAGGCGGGAGUACGGAAUGGUGUACCUGGGCAAAGACACAACUGGGGAGAACAUUGCCGAGUCGCUUGUGGCAGAGGGGCUGGCCUGCCGCCGGGAAGGAAUCCGCGCCAACAAUCCUGAACAGAGUAGACUGGCGGAGCUGGAAGAACAGGCCAAGACUGCCAAGAAGGGAAUGUGGAGUGAAGGAACUGGGUCACACACAAUCCGAGACGUCAAGUACACCAUUGAGAACCCUCGGCACUUUGUGGACUCCGUGCACCAGAAGCCUGUGAAUGCUAUCAUUGAACACGUCCGGGACGGCAGCGUGGUCCGGGCCUUGCUCCUGCCAGACUACUACCUGGUCACCGUCAUGUUGUCCGGCAUCAAGUGCCCCACGUUCAAGCGGGAAGCGGAUGGCACGGAAACACCGGAGCCCUUUGCGGCAGAAGCCAAGUUUUACACAGAGUCGCGACUGCUGCAGAGAGACGUACAGAUUGUACUUGAGAGCUGCCAUAACCAGAACAUCCUAGGCACCAUCUUGCAUCCGAACGGGAACAUCACGGAGCUGCUGCUGAAGGAGGGUUUUGCGCGCUGCGUUGACUGGUCCAUGGCUGUCUACACCCGAGGGGCAGAGAAGCUGCGAGCUGCGGAACGGUACGCCAAAGAACACAAGCUGCGCAUCUGGAGGGAUUACGUGGCUCCCACGGCCAACCUGGAUCAGAAGGAGAAGCAGUUUCUGGCCAAGGUGAUGCAGGUGCUCAAUGCAGAUGCCAUUGUGGUGAAGCUGAACUCUGGGGACUACAAAACCAUCCACCUCUCCAGCAUCCGGCCCCCUAGACUGGAAGGUGAAGGCCCUCAGGACAGGAACCGAAAACUGCGCCCGCUCUACGACAUCCCAUACAUGUUUGAGGCCCGGGAGUUCCUGCGCAAGAAGCUGAUCGGGAAGAAGGUGAGCGUCACUGUGGACUACAUCCGGCCGGCCAGUGGGGCGACCGACACAGUUCCUGCCUUCUCGGAGCGCACCUGUGCCACAGUCACCAUCGGCGGCAUCAACAUUGCAGAAGCAUUGGUCAGCAAGGGGCUGGCCACCGUCAUUCGCUACCGCCAGGAUGAUGACCAGCGCUCCUCGCACUACGAUGAGCUGCUGGCUGCUGAGGCCCGGGCGGUAAAGAACGGCAAAGGCCUGCACAGCAAGAAGGAAGUCCCAAUCCACCGGGUGGCCGACAUCUCUGGGGACACCCAGAAAGCCAAGCAGUUCCUGCCCUUCCUGCAGCGGGCCGGCCGCUCCGAGGCUGUGGUGGAGUACGUCUUCAGUGGCUCCCGGCUGAAGCUGUACAUGCCGAAGGAGACCUGUCUGAUCACCUUCCUGCUGGCGGGCAUUGAGUGUCCCCGUGGAGCCCGAAACCUGCCAGGCCUGGUCCACGAAGGGGAACCCUUCAGCGAAGAAGCGAUGCUCUUCACCAAAGAGCUGGUGCUGCAACGAGAGGUGGACGUGGAGGUGGAGAGCAUGGACAAAGCUGGGAACUUCAUCGGGUGGCUGCACAUUGAUGGGGUCAACCUCUCAGUGGCGCUGGUGGAGCAGGGCCUCUCCAAGGUGCACUUCACAGCGGAGCGCAGCAACUACUGCAAGCCUCUGAUGGUCGCCGAGGCCGCCGCCAAGCAGAAGAAGGAAAGGGUGUGGUCCCAGUACGAAGAGCCCCCUGUGGAAGACGUGGUGACCACGGCAGAGGAGAAGGAGCGCACGGCCAACUACAAGCCCGUCUUUGUCACAGAGGUCACAGACGACCUCCACUUCUAUGUGCAGGAUGUGGAGACAGGGACACAGCUGGAGAAGCUGAUGGAGAGCAUGCGGGGCGAGAUUGCUGCCUGCCCCCCUGUGGAGGGGGCCUACACGCCACGCCGUGGGGACUUCUGCAUCGCCAAAUUUGUUGAUGGAGAAUGGUACCGGGCACGGGUGGAGAAAGCGGAGUCUGCGGGCAAGGUGCACGUCUUCUACAUCGACUAUGGCAACAAGGAGACCCUGCCCUCCACCCGCCUGGCCGCCCUACCACAGGCGUUUGGCACUCGUCUCCUGCCUGCCCAGGCCACCGAAUACCAGUUCGCCUUCAUCCAGGUGCCCCAGGAUGAGGAGGCCCGAGCAGAUGCUGUGGACAGCGCUGUGCGGGAUAUCCAUAACAUGCAGUGCCUGCUGAAUGUGGAGUACACGGGGCCCAGCUGUGCCCACGUCACACUGCAGUUUGCUGACUCCAAGGCCGAUGUGGGCCUGGGACUGGUGAAGACAGGGCUGGUCAUGGUGGAGCCACGGAAGGAGAAGCAGUUCCAGAAAGUGAUCACUGAAUACCUGAAUGCGCAGGAGGCUGCCAAGAGUGCCCGACUGAACCUGUGGCGUUACGGAGACUUCCGCGCCGACGAUGCCGACGAAUUUGGCUACAGCCGCUGAGCGACAAUCCCGCCAGCCCUCUGGGCCCCCGCCAUGCUCCCCCAUCUCCCCCUGAGCCACAGCCUCUGUCCUGCGUCUGGAGCCUGAUGCCUGCAGGGGUGGGGGAGGCACUCUGACUUCCAGGGGAGCAGACCCUGCCAAGCAGGGGAGAAGUUCUCAGACCACCCCUGCCCCACCUUGCCACCAGAAGCUACGCCUGGCCUCCUUGCGGGCCAGCGGGAAAGAUGAUUUACGUCAAGCUUUGGAAGCAAAUAAAAGUAGUGAGAAGCUGG